CUCCUUGGCGCUUGCUCUCACUGUGUGGUCCCAGCCAGUUCACUGGAGAACCGGAGUCUCGUGGCUGCUUUGGCUGAAGGUCAGGGGAUCAUCUUUCUCCGGCUCCCUUUUGCAAAGGGUAGGGAAAGGAAGCGAUGGCGGCCUUGGCGCCCGCCCCGCGCCCAGGGACACAGACGGGAAUCCCUCGAGACCCUCGGCGGGGACUGCCGGGGGGGUCCUGCGUUCUGCAGCUUGGCAACCGCCUCCUCCGUGUUCUACAGCUCGGGGCAGCGGCGGGGGGUGCGUCCUGCGGCAGCUGCAGGGCUCCGUCCCGCCCGCUGUCCCCGCGACUCCGUACUGCUGUCCCGGGCGGAGUGGUCUCGGGGAGGGCCCAGCCUCCGUGCUCCGCCCCUGGCCCGGCAGGACCCGGCUCGGCGCGCCCUCGGCAGAAAGCCCUCCUCCCCGGCCAAGGAUUGGAGGCUGUUGUCAUUGGAGAAGUUCAUGAGAAUGUUACUCUGCACUGUGGCAACAUCUCGGGACCGAGGGGCCUGGUGACCUGGUACCGGAACGACUCGGAGCCUGUCUUCCUUCUCUCAUCCAACUCUAGCCUCCCGCCAGCUGAGCCUCGCUUCUCUCUAGUGGAUGCCAGCUCCCUGCACAUCAAAUCGCUGGGCCUGGGAGAUGAGGGGAAUUACACCUGCCAGGAGAUCCUGAAUGUGACUCAGUGGUUCCAAGUGUGGCUGCAGGUGGCCAGCGGCCCCUAUCAGAUUGAGGUCCACAUCGCAGCCACCGGCACACUCCCCAACGGCACCCUCUAUGCAGCCAGGGGCUCCGGGGUGGACUUCAGUUGCAACAGCAGCUCCAGGCCACCACCCAUGGUUGAAUGGUGGUUCCAGGCCCUGAAUUCCAGCAGUGAGUCCUUCGGCCACAAUCUGACAGUCAACUCUUUCUCGCUGUUACUGAUGUCGCCAAACCUCCAAGGGAACUACACCUGUUUGGCCUUGAAUCUGCUCAGCAAGAGACAUCGAAAGGUGACCACCGAGCUCCUGGUCUACUACCCCCCUCCAUCAGCUCCCCAGUGCUGGGCACAGAUGGCAUCAGGAUCGUUCAUGCUGCAGCUCACCUGUCGCUGGGAUGGGGGAUACCCUGACCCUGACUUCCUGUGGAUAGAAGAGCCAGGAGGUGUAAUCGUGGGCAAGUCAAAGCUGGGGGUGGAAAUGCUGAGCGAGUCCCAGCUCUCGGAUGGCAAGAAGUUCAAGUGUGUUACAAGCCACAUAGUCGGGCCAGCGUCGGGCGCCAGCUGCGUGGUGCAGAUCAGGGGUCCCUCCCUUCUCUCUGAGCCCAUGAAGACUUGCUUCGUUGGAGGCAAUGUGACACUUACCUGUCAGGUGUCUGGGGCCUACCCCCCUGCCAAGAUCCUGUGGCUGAGGAACCUUACCCAGCCUGAGGUGGUCAUCCAGCCCAGCAGCCGCCAUCUCAUUACCCAGGACGGCCAGGACUCCACCCUCACCAUCCACAACUGCUCCCAGGACCUGGAUGAGGGCUACUACGUCUGCCGGGCUGACAGCCCUGUAGGGGUGAGGGAGGUGGAAAUCUGGCUGAGUGUGAAAGAACCUGUAAAUAUUGGGGGGAUUGUGGGAACCAUUGUGAGUCUCCUUCUGCUGGGACUGGCCAUUAUCUCAGGGCUUCUGUUGUAUUACAGCCCUGUGUUCUGCUGGAAAGGAAACACUUUCAGGGGACAAAACAUGGAUGAUGUCAUGGUUUUGGUGGAUUCAGAAGAGGAGGAGGAAGAUGCUGCAGUAGAGGAACAGGAGGAAGCACAUGAGAGAGAGGAGUUGCCAAAAGAAAUACCUAAGCAGGACCACAUUCACAGAGUGACCGCCUUGGUGAAUGGGAACAUAGAACAGAUGGGAAAUGGAUUCCAGGAUCUACAAGAUGACAGCAGUGAGGAGCAAAGUGACAUUGUUCAAGAAGAAGACAGGCCAGUCUGAAGAAGAGGAUGGUCCAUGGUUGUCUUGCUUUGAAAGCUUGGAAAGCUACACUGAAGAUGAGCUCUUCAUUCAGCUUUGACUCCACCUGCACCCCUGGCCGGGGCUUGCACUAGCAACAUUUGGGUCUCAGCAAAAAACAAAACCAAGCACACACAUCUUUCCUUCCAUUUAUUGAAAAACGUUGGUUUGAUUUGCUCUAAGUUUUCCCAAUGAUGUUUAAAAGCUUUGAGAAGGAAGGCUGCUUUUGGUGUCUGAGGUGCCACUUCUGCUGUGAAUCCUGGCUUUAUCCAGGUUGAUUUACUGUGAUAGAUGCUUAUUUGGAGGGAGCAGAGAGGUCAGGGAAGCGCUGGGUCUUGGUGCCUUUUGCCACUUUUUGUUUGUUUGUUUGUUUUGAGACCGAGUCUCCCUCUACUGCCCGGGCUGGAGUGCAAUGGCACAAUCUCGGCUCACCACAACCUCCACCUCCCGGAUUCAACCGAUUCUCCUGCCUCAGCCGUGCCACAACGCAAAUAUCAAUUCCUUGGAACAGGUGAAGUUGCAGGUACCAAUGCCAAUCAGAGGAAGGCAGUUUGGUUCAGGCUUUGGAGUUAGAAACACCUGAAGUCGAAUCUGGGCUCUGUUGCUUCCUUCUUUCAUGGGCUAGGGCACAAUUCUUUACCUGUCUCUUGGCCUCAAUUUCCUCACCUAUAAAAUAGAUGAGGAAAUUGCUCACUUAUUGUUGUCUCGUUCGGAAAGCUUGGAAAGCUACAUUGAAGAUGAGCUCUUCAUUCAGCUUUGACUCGACCUGUACCCCUGGUGGGUGCUUGCACUAGCAACAUUUGGGUCUCAGCAAAAAAAACAAGCACACACAUCUUUCCUUCCAUUUAUUGAAAAACAUCUUUGUAAGAUCCACUCAUUGAAAAACGUAAUCCAUUUAUUGAAAAACAUCUUUGUAAGAUCACCUGCUAAAUAUGAAAAUCUGACUUGAAUUUGUACUAUUUAAUAUUGCGUAUCUGCUCUAGUGGGCAGGACCUAGGGCUUAAAGGGGAACUUCCUUUCUCCAGUUCUAGGAACUGGGACUCUAAAAUGAGAAGCUGGUUGUCUGAAGUAACCCUGCAGGUGUGGUUGGGGAAGGUCUGUUUUCUUGGAUGAAGGAACUAAACUAAGCAAAUCAGCACUGUCUUAACCAUUUUUAUUUCCCUGGAGAUAGAAUUCUUUUAAAAAGAGUUAGGGAGCUGGUAAUAGCAAGUGCCUUUCAUUAUAACCACAUUUUGCAGAGCUUCAUAUUUAUAUACAAGCCUCCUAGGUGAUACACUAUUAGCUUGCAGACUUUCCUAUGCUUCAUUUCUCCUGUUGCUUUCAAAGAAGGCAGGAGACAUGUUUAAUAACGGAGUAUCUGGUGAUAAGAACUGCUUGGGCAAACCAGCUCAUCUGGACUGUUUCUCAAUCUUGGAAAUGGGAAGAGGAAAACUUGUUUCCUUCCUGCUGCUUAAGGAUAUUCUGAGGGUACACUGAUCAAUAACACUAAAUUUGGAAUGAAAAUACCAUGUGAUGAGUUUAGCCUGCUGAUGCUUCCAGUAGAUCCUUGUAUAGUUUCAAUAUUUAAGUGUUCUGAUUUCAUAUAAAUUUCUUAAAGUCAAGGAUCUUAUAAAGGUGCAGUGGAUGUUUGCUAAAUAUGAAAAACUUACUUGAAUUUGCACUCUUUAAUGUUGCGUAUCUGCUCUAGUGGGCCGGACCUAGGGCUUAAAGGGGAACUUCCUUUCUCUAAUUCUAGGAACUGGGACUCUAAAAUGAGAAGCUGGUUGUCUGAAGUAACCCUGCAGGUGUGGUUGGGGAAGGUCUGUUUUCUUGGAUGAAGGGACUAAACUAAGCAAAUCACUAGAAGUAUGCCCUGUCCCCUGCUCAGAACAUUGGGGAGCUCAAGAGUGGGCUGCAAUGUGCACCCCUCAGGAAUAGCUGUGAAUUGCAGUUCUACUGGCUUUUGGCUUUUUGUCUUUUGCUGCAAGGCACCCACGUACUUAACCAUUCUCAACAGUGUAAAUCAGUGUCAUUUUAGAAUGAGAUACUCAGCUUGCUUCUAAAGUCACUGAAUACUGAGUGAGUCUCUCCUUUAGAGUCUUCGGCAACCAAAUUCCAGAAUUGAAGAGUCUACUACUCAGAGGCAACAAGAUUAAAAAAAGAAAACACAAAAACUGUUGAGGUGAAAAAAAAAAAACCCUAACUGGGAACACAGAGAAUGUUUUGUAAGAUCACUGGGAUAUUUUCCACAACUUCCUCUUCUCUUGCACACACAUCUGUUGAUAGGAAAUAUUUGAGGGUUUUUCCACUAUCAAAUGGGAGCUUCAUGGUCCUGGUGCCAAACACUAUAAACCUUUGACCAGCUGAGCUGUGACUCCCGUCACAUAUCUGAGUCCUGUGUGCACAUUAAUAUCCUGGAUCAGGUAAAAUCCAGGUCUUCAAGUUUUAAGGAUUUUUGAAGAAUUCAGGCUUCUUUAAGACGAUCCAUGCCCAAAUCCACAAGCUUGUUGACAGUGGAUUACAGUUUGUGUGGCAAAGUCCGAGUUGUUACACUGUGCUUUAAAAAAAAAAUCUUAUCUGCAUGUAUUGUUAACUUAGAGACUGUGAGAUCUAUUUAUCAGGACCAGGAAGAUAAACACUUCAGGUCCAUUGCAACUGACCUUUUUCUUGUUUUUCUCAAAACCUGGUGGACCCCGGGAAGGGAGCCUCCACAAUUCUGUGGCUUUGAUAUUGGCUCCAAUUCUCACAAGCACAUACAAGCCCCAUAAUUGCCGCAGGAAAACACAAGAUGGAAAAUGGCAAUAACCCAUGCACUGAGACUUAGAAAAUCAUCCUUACUAGGUAAAAUGUAUUAUGAUGCAAUAAGGGCCAACUGAUAUUUCUCACGUUGGGACUGGCCAGGAACUGCUGCAAAGAAAAAAAAGCAGCUCUUUCUCCAUUAUUUACAUUUUAAGAUGUGGUGGGGGGAGAUUGGGAGAAAUUAAUUCUGAGGUUAUCAUAUGCAUUUUUUAAAAGAUAAUGGAAUAAAGCUAUUUUUAAGUAA